UUUACGCAACUUCCGCUAACUUCGUUAGCGCGCCAUUAGGUUAAGCUGUAAAAGUGGCGCCUGUCGACGGUCCGGUGUCUUUGUUCUUGUUUGUCUUUCCUCGUUGGUUUCUCGUUCGUCGUUUUUGUCACUACUAUGGCCGAUAAGAUGAGCAUGUCUCUGGACGACAUUAUCAAAAUGAAUAAAAGAGAAGGCCGCGGAGGAGGAGGAUCGUCCGGACGGGAGAGGGGAUCCGGUCGAGCCGGUGGAUCGUCGCGGCCGCCGGGUCGCGGUCGACAAAGUAACUUCAGCCGCGAGAGGACCAACAGACCCGCACCGUACACCAGGCCGAGGGAGUUGCCGGACAAGUGGCAGCACGACAUGUUUGAGGAGCAUUCUCGUGGGCCGAGGGCCCAGAGUCCAGAGGCAGACGACAGCUUUGGGGGCAGCAGCAGCAAGCUGCUCAUCUCUAACCUCGAUUUUGGAGUUUCUGAUUCAGACAUAAAGGACCUCUUUGAAGAGUUUGGAACUUUAAAGAAGGCAUCGAUACACUACGAUCGCUCUGGUCGUAGUAAAGGAGUCGCUGAAGUUCACUUUGUAAAUAAAGCAGAUGCCCUCAAAGCGAUGAAGCACUACAACGGCGUCCCGCUCGACGGUCACCCCAUGAAAAUCCAGCAGGUGGCCUCAGACGUCGGCACGCAGAGCUCAAACAAAGGCUUCGACCGAAGCCGGCUGGGCCAGCCCCGCUUUGAACGGCGGCCAAGGGGGGGCAGCUCUGGUUUCAGAGGGGGGGGCAGCUCAGGCUUCAGAGGCCGGGGCAGAGGCGGUGGAAACAAACCCCCGGUGACGGCAGAGGAGCUGGACGCUCAGCUGGAUGCUUACAACGCUCAGUGCCAGAUGGACACCAAUUAAAGGAGCUGGAGGAUCCAGCGUCUAAUUUUUAGGUCGCCUCAUGGACUUUUGAUGAAUCUGACUUAAUUCCAAUUAUGCUUUGAAGCCGUUUCAUUGAAGACCAAUAAGGUCCAUUAUUUUUAUUUUUUGUAUUUUUAUAGUCCAGUUGGUUUUGAGCAGAUGUUUGAAAAGUGAACUUUGUAAAGUCAACAGUUUGGCUCAAACCUGCGUUGCUGUUUUCUUUUUUUUUUGGUGACAUGAGUCUAUGACGUAACAAAUGGUGUAAAAUAUAUUUCCAGGGUUUCUGUCAUUUGGUACUGUACACUUCAUUUGUGAACCUGUUAAGACUUUUGUAUAUAAAUGCAAUACUGUGAUUAUCUUUCUGAA